ACACUGAAAAACUUUGUUACUUUGAUUAUAUGCUUCCUAGAAGACUGAAUUUGAACAUGCCUCCUGUGGGUGUGCUUGCAAUCUAUAACAAGCAGUGUUUCUGCAUUCAUAUUGUUUGCCCAUAAGAAGCUGUCAUGCUAUGGUUGCAGGGGAAUUGCUCUGUGUGUGCUCAUUUUUUGUUUGUUUUUAGAAAACAAAAAGCUGACACACUUUGCGUGCAGGAUAAUGGCUCUGUGUGUAUUUGUUUUUUGUUUGCUAUUAGAAAAUGUUAUUUCAAAGGGUUAAGCCUGCCACCCAGUUUAAGGAGGCACUAGACAUAGGCUUGAUGUGGUCUGAGAACCCAGGUUCCAGGCAAUACCAAGUUGUGUGUUUCCAGCUUCAUGUUAUUUCUUUGUCUCAAGCAUGAUAACUGGACAAGGUUACCUGGACAGUUUCUUAGUAGCACUACCUAUGGCGUGAUGUUAAUGAUCAAGCUCCAUGUGUUAACUGCUAGCAGUCCUUUUAAAUUUGUAUGCUGGUAUUAAACAACAGGUAUUCUGGUGUUUGAGUGAUGAUUUCUUGAAUUUGAAGGUUUUUAUUACAGCCACAAAAGUGGCAGAAUGAUCUCUUUCUUUUUUUGGCUCUGUUUGAAGCAUAUUUUUAUCAAGUGGGUGGCUUUGUACCAAACAAAUCCUAUAACAUCCAUCAAACCUAGAUCAUUUGCUUUAUGUUUCUUCAAGUGACCUACACUCUCCAAAAGUGUUAUGCCACCUGACUGAGGGGAAUGCUUUGUGCUUUCCAAAACCUUAGUCAUUCCAUUGGUGUCAGCAGUAUACACCACCAGUUACUGUUUCCUCCAACAGAUGGCGUUGCUGCAGGUGCCGCGGCCGCCGUCGCGCGCCUCGCACGCGUCGCGCGCGUCGGUGGCAUCGCGCGGUUUGUCGCUGUACUCGGUGGGUUCGGUACACUCGGUGCGCUCGGCGGUGGCACGCUCGCACGCGGGAUUCUCGCAGCCGGCCGAUGAGUGGCGGCCGCCGGUGCUGGCCGGCGCGCUGGGCACUUCUAUCCCGCGUGCCUCACACAUCACAGCCGUAUACGCCAUCCUGCAGGCACUCUUCACCAUCGUUACCGGCACGUUCGACGUUUACGUGCUGGCGGAGGCGGAGCCUGGCAAGAAUCAUUACGGCUACUACAUCAUCUCGUUUGAGUUCGUUUACGUCGGCAAUGCCCAUGUGCGGCGCUGUCUGAUGGUGCUGGCGCUGGUGAGCGCCGUCUCCGGGAUCGUGCUUCUCGUGGUCAGUGCCAUCCUGCUGCGCGCCCUGAAGACGGAAGACGAGCGUAGGAUCCGACCAUGGCUGCUCUUCAUGAUCUUCCACACCAUUUGGCGGACGUUCGCCUUCGUGUUCUCCUCCAUCGUCAACGACAUGUACUUCUCCUACCACGGCGUCAUGUGCUUCCUCUGGGCGGUCAUGGUGCUGCUCAACGUGUACGGCUGGCUGGUCGUCUGGUCCUUCUUCAACGAGCUGGCCGAGGUCUCCAAGCUGGAGGACAUCGCCCAUCUGAAGAUGGGCACAAUGACGUCACUGAACGCCACGCCUUACGGCUGGCACAGGCCGUCAAUCGGCUGCAGCACGCACCGGCCGUCAAUCAGCUACAGCACGCACCGGCCGUCAAUCAGCUAUAGCUUGCACAGGCCGUCAAUCAGCGCCGACAUGCAGCAUCGGCCGUCGGUGGAUCAUGGCGUGCAGCAUGGACUGCUGUCGGCGGGCUACGACACCCAACAUCGGCCCUCGGUAUCUGUCAGCAUCCAGCCGUGUUCCCGGCCGGACUCCCCCGACAGCUGCCUCGGCGAGCCGGUGUGAGCCCGGACCGUGCAGUAAGUCCGAAUGCACGCGCGUUGGCGUGCACGUGCUUGGUCACAGUAAGAGGGCUGCACGCGCGCUUGUGCUCGGGCUCCUCCGCUUCUGAAGAGUUCCACAUUCGACUGGUGAGGCUAUCCGUCUGUUCCAAUGAACUUCCUAGCCCCUCGAUGAAAUAAGUCUGUGGCCCUGUCCUACUGGGACUAACCUCCGUGAAACUGAUGAUAUGGUGUAAGUGAAUAUGCCACGCACAAGUCGCUUAGUAAAGUCAGCGCCGUGGAGCCGACAGUCGUGCGUGUCAUCAAUCAGGAAACGGUCAAUGCUUUUUUAAGCAAGCCUCGAAUGCAACAGCUGCAGCUCAAAAAGAGGGCCUUAUGAUUGUCAUGCGUUUUUCCAUCUUCACACUUGCCACAAUAUUUGCCAAACUCUUAUGCACGACUUUUCAAUGCUUUGAUCAGAACUAUUCGUUUAGGCUCCAAGGUUUCUGGGCUUAGUUUUGGAAUCACCUGUGCGGCGAGAUUCGAUACCCCUCCCGUAUACCGUUGUCUCCUCUUUCUACGCCGCGCACGGCGUUUUACUGGUGCGACAAGUACAGGGUAGCUGCCCAAAGUCGUCACACGAAAUGCGCUCGUGAAGAAUCGACUCAUGAAAGCGUUAUCUUUCUGCAGGUUAUCUUUGCAUAGCCUGGCGUCUUACUGGAACAUGGCUGUCCUUCAUGUCUAGGAUGCGGUUAAAACGUCAUUUGCGUUCAUGUUAUUGCAUUCUUAAUUUAUUCAACGAUGUUUAUUUGACCAUUGUUUCAAUGUUUGGUUAUUUUUUUAGUAAGGAUGUCAAUAUUUCGUCAUGCUAUUACACCCCCGGCUUGGGGGGUUCACUGCCUGUCGCCCCUUUCCUUGCUCAAAAUCGGCCAAUCAGCAUCGAGCAGAGUGAUGGUCAACCCAACAUCCAAGCGCCCUGGGAUUGACACGGGGUGGGGCGGGUUGGAUGUCUCGGUUCGAGUUACAGGGGCAGCAUGUUAGCGCCAACAAAUUGCGUGCGUGGGCCGCCGGGAACCAGGAUUCUGACAGCAUGAAUUUAUAUUUACUCCUGGGUGCUAUAUUUGGUGCAUUUUGGAAUGCUGGUUCUAUCAUUUACAGUAGCUUUGUUUUAAGACCCCUAAGAUCCUUGUUAGAUUCGUCAUUAUAUCCGAAACAAAAAGUUGAUUUAUGAAAUGGAAGUUACUUUAACUUGGCCACGAACGCAUAGACUAUUUUAUAAGGACGUAUGAUGCAAUUCUCUGAAAUUCCCCCUGAAUAAACAGCAUGAUGCAGUCGAUUAACUGACUUCAUGCUUUUUUGCGCUGUGCACUUCUGCAUGAUCAUUUGAUCGUCUCAUCAUUUUUUGUUUGAUCACUAGUCAUUGGUCAAUUUAUAAAAUCGUAUAGGUAAAUUUAGGUUUGAUUCUAAAAGAUUUAUUUAAUUCUGUAAGAUUCCAAUCUUACAGGUUAAUCAGAUGAUCACGUGAAAAGCCCAGGGGUGAAAUGCAUGGCACAAUGGCUUUUGCAGAGAUUGCGCGUAGCCAACAUAUUUCCAGCUUGGUUUUUAGAAUGAAGCAAAUAUUUUGGUUUCAAAAUUGACUAAUGGACUCCUAUCACUGAAGAUAAAGGCAAAUGGUGCUGCUGUUUCGUUUUUACGCUCACGAGGUUGUGGCUGUUGUACCGUUAUGGUUAGCAUGACCGUAACAAAGACCAUUGCAGCGUUUUCCCCGGCCAUCGGGCGCAUGCUGAUGCCGAAGGAGAACAAUAUCGCAGCGUCAGGUGCGGACGGCGGAUAGAGGGAAAGGUCCCGUGCGAUUGAGAAGAACAACCCGUAACUUCCUGCUUAUGUCACUUAAAUUGGCUGCCUUGUGUCCGAUCCCUUAAGCGAGGUCAUCGUAAUCACAUUUCGUUCCAUACCAUAAUCCUCGUAUGCCUGUACAUAUGUUGCCGGGAUGCCAUGGAUGUGGAAGCCCACCCGACUUAUUUAUGGUGGACUGUCAUAUACAGGACAAUUUGAAACCAAGGCGUAUGCAACCGUUGGGGAAGACUUUCUACUGGUUAAAGCUCGGACUUUGCCACCUCCCGUUUAAUGCCGUAGAGAUGUAAGUACUGCAGCUGUUGCUCUCCAGAUGUGCAUUUUGCACUCGUCCGACAUGCCGAUCACUUACCACUUGCUUACCAAUAAUGAGCUGCAGGCUCUCUGGUAUUUUGCCAGCACUAUUGCCAUGAGAGUAUCGUGUUACCCGAGACCCUGAGCGUAUCGACAUACGUGUAUACUCGUGCGCCUUGUUAAGGAUAUUGAUCAUUGCUAAUAUGGUAUUGCUAAAUACCCCGGGAUAUGUCAGUGUAGGGCAACAAUAUAAUGCGUAUUCAUUGUAAUGACAAUUGUUAAGUUGGGACCAAACUGGUAACGUGUCGAGACUCGCCGAGCCUGGCCUCAUCCUCCCUAAGAAGUCCAUUGGAACAGACGUGGCGUGGUAACCCUGGGCAUAAUGUACGUGAACCGGGUCGUAUCGUGUCGCUAUCUAGAACGUGCACUAGAUGCAUGUGCUUAGUCGCGAAUGUGUGGCGUUGAUAUAUUUUCGGACUGUGUUCCACCGAAAGCCGCUGGAAAGCCGCAGCUGGCUCCCGUCCAUUGGCACGUCUUCCUGUAAUGGUGCACGUCGUGUUUAAUUUACCGCAAGAUGCUCGCAUUUUGAUACGCAGUUUUUGCUUUGCUGACGUUGUUGAUGAGUCUUUUGGAUGUGGUGAAGUCUGCUGGUAGUGUAGUCGUAUUUGCACCAUAUUCCCGGGGACUAACCUCAUACCACGGUCACCCAGGUGUCUGCUGCGGGAGAUGUACACUUUUGAAACGUCAUGGGUUUGGAGUUGUGAAGAUAGUCAUACGCAUUGGCCCUAGUACAAAGUGCGGAGAGUUCAAACAAGUUUACAUUAUGGGACGGACCAUGCAGAUUACGUGACGAGCAUAGUCGUUUUCGCAUUAUGUGCACGUUUUCCAAAAUAAACUCUGUCCCAUCAUUAAAGAAGGGAUAAGAUUGUUGAAUGUGGCCAAUUCGUUUUCAGUGUUUUAAGUGCCUUAUGCAAAUCAAGCAGUAACCAAUAAAAGCCACAGCGCCGCCAGUCAUGACGUGAUGGUAAGUUGUAAAGGUGAAACUUAAUAUAUACCUGCUUGUCAAUUUCUCCAACAGCGCGCAGUUAGCCUGCUUUCUUGAAGUCUGCACUCUUUGGAGUCUUUUUUGUAUGUCUGUCUCUGGGUGUUGAUUGUGUCUUGAUGACCGCACCAUGUUUUGAGUGGCAGUACAAGCACCUUUGUGAUAAUCGGGCGUGACUGCGGAGGCGUGUAACGAACAGAUCGAACUCAGAUCUCGCCGCUUUUAGUUGUUAGUCAAAUGUAGAAUCUGCAAAUGGCUUUCCGCUUAAUUUUGCUCCGUUUCUCCUCAUUUUGUAUCCCCCUUUCUUUUGCAUUUCGUGCUCUCUGCGCUCGCGGCUGGUGCUGAGGGUCCGUGAGGGGGACACUCCGACGGGGUUUUCUGCCCCGGUAUCGCCCCGCCAGUGGGUUUUAGGUCGGCGGAGGUGCCCUGGUUGUGUCUGGACGGACUGUGGUUCGUUCGUUUACUGAUGUGCACGCCUUUCGUUCCAAUACACGCUGCUAACGAUG